AUGGCUUGGAAGCCUACCAUUCUUCUAGCCUCGCUCCUUAUUGGCUCUUACGCCACACCCCUUACUAUUCCAAACCAUGCCCGGUCUGAAAAGAUAGCUUGGAGCUCUUGUGAAGCCGAGAUUGUCACCGCGCCGAUGCAAUGUGGCAAUUUGACGGUGCCAUUGGAUUACACUGAUCCCAAUUCAGAUGCUACAAUCGAACUUCAACUACUCAAGGUUCCGGCCAGGCAUGAGCCCAAGAAGGGAAGUAUCCUUGUUAAUUUCGGUGGCCCGGGCCUUGAGGCAAGAUUGACUUUAGCUAGAGUCAGCGAUGUGCUACUAGCCUUGACGGGUGGUUAUCAUGAUAUUAUUGCACAUGACCCUCGAGGGCCGGCAAAAACCUUUACAGCCUCCUGUUUCAAGAACAGCACAGAGAGAGCUGCACUUACUGUACAAGCGCGGUUAAGCGAUUUCCCAACGCCCUCUGAUACGAUGGCACUAGGGAGGCAAUGGGCUGGGUCAGGUCUCUAUGCUGAUGCGUGCGCAGAGUCGGAGUUGAAAGACAAGGGCGCACUAAUGAGUACGGCAUUUACGGCCAGGGACCUGAUGCAAAUCGUGGAUGCCGUUAGCGAUGAUGGGCUGCUUAGGUAUUGGGGCUUUUCAUACGGGACAGUGUUAGGCUCCACUGUUGCUGCCAUGUUUCCUGAUCGGGUGGAAAGGCUGAUCUUGGAUGGAGUUAUGAAUCCUCAUCAAUACUACAGCGCAUAUGAUACCGAAUUAUGGACAGAUGUAGAUAAGGUCUUUACCAGCUUUUUUGAGCAGUGCAUCCAAUCACCGAAGCAGUGCGCACUUGCUAGUCGAAACCAGACUGCUGAACAGCUCGAAAAAGCCAUUUACGAUCUACUAGACGACGUGAAACGCAUUCCCAUAAUUCAUGAACAGCUGAUCAUAGAUCAUAGCUUCAUCAAGGCGUUCAUCCGAUCGUCUCUCUACAGCCCUCCCGUCUACCCCAAUCUUGCCGCUGCAUUCAAUGCAUUGUUAGACGGGAACACCACGAGGUUUAUGCAACAUUGGCAAACGCAAAUGGAUGGAGGAGGAGUGCUGGCUGGUGACAUAGCUGACGAUUCUCCGUUCGCAAUCCCCUGUUCUGAAAAGGAAACUGGAAAACACACCUUGAAUGAGAUCAAGCCUGACCUCGAGACCCUUGUGCAAACAAGUAGGCUACUGGGGGAAGUUGGAAACGGCGUCGCGAUGGUCUGCUCUCAAUGGAAAGUGAAAGCUAAAGAAAGAUAUCAUGGCAAUUUUAAGGUCAAGACAAAAAGCCCUGUCUUGGUCAUCGGCAACACUUACGACUCUGCAACCCCGUUCCGGUCAGCGCAGAAUAUUAGUGCCACCUUCGAGGGCAGCGCUCUGCUCGAGCAUGGUGGAUGGGGGCACGCUACCUUGGCCCAAGGCUCCUCAUGCACGUCCAAGACUAUCCGAAACUACUGGACAAAUGGAACGCUUCCCGAAGCGGGGACAAAGUGCGAGCCAGAUUAUCCCCCUUUUGAGUCUGGCUCUUUGAAACAGGUCCUGAUCGAUAUCGGGUUCAUGGGCAAGGAGUAA